AUGUUGGGGGCCCACCUCAGACUCUGGGUCUGUGCCUUGUGCAGUGUGAGCGCCAUGUACCACGUCAGAGCCUACCCCAACGCCUCCCCGCUCCUGGGUACCAGCUGGGCUGGCCUGACCCACCUGUACACGGCGACAGCCAGGAACAGCUUCCACCUGCAGAUCCACAAGGAUGGCCACGUGGACGGCACCCCCCACCAGACCAUCUACAGUGCCCUGAUGAUCCGAUCAGAGGACUCUGGCUUCGUGGUGAUCACAGGGGUGAUGAGCAGGAGAUACCUGUGUAUGGAUUUCAGAGGCAACAUUUUUGGAUCGCACUACUUCACUGCGGACAGCUGCAGGUUCAGACAGCGGACGCUGGAGAACGGCUAUGACGUCUACCACUCUCCUCAGCAUCAUUUCCUGAUCAGCCUGGGCCGGGCCAAGAGGGUCUUCCUGCCCGGCAUGAACCCGCCGCCUUACUCCCAGUUCCUGUCCCGAAGGAAUGAGAUCCCCCUGAUUCACUUCAACACCCCCAGGCCCCGGCGGCACACACGGAGUGCCGAGGAGGAAGUGGAGCAGGAUCCGCUGAACGUGCUGAAGCCCAGGCCCCGGAUGACGCCGGCUCCAGCCUCCUGCUCCCAGGAGCUGCCCAGUGCCGAAGACAACAGCGCCCUGGCCAGCGACCCGCUGGGAGUGGUCAGAGGCAAAAAGCUCAACACCCAUGCUGUGGGCAUGGGCGCGGAAAGAUGCCGCCCCUUUCCCAAGUUCAGGGAGACAGGAAAGGACAACUUUCUAACCAACCCUUGA